AUCGCGUUUCUGUUUGGUUCGAACAAAUUGCUUCACUCCUCGUCACAUUCCGGUUCCGGCCAGUUUCUGAUCGAUCUGUCCAAUAAGUUUUAAAGUUAUUCGCGUGUGUAGUUAUAAAUUUCUUUCGUAUAAAUCGUUUGUGACGUUAGCAAGAUGAACGGUUCGUCGGUUUUGAGAAAAAACAGUCUGAAGAAUGUUUUAUCCAUAUUAGAGAGCCGUCUUUUUUCAAGCGCCUCAGAAGCAACAUUUGAAACUAAGCCAUUUAAAUUACAUAAGCUCGAAAAUGGACCAAACACUAAUGUUACUUUGUCCAGGGAGGACGCUCUUAAAUAUUAUACACAAAUGCAAACUAUUCGUCGUAUAGAAACUUCUGCUGGUAAUUUAUACAAGGAAAAAAUUGUCAGAGGUUUUUGCCAUCUCUACUCUGGACAAGAAGCAUGUGCUGUUGGAAUGAAAGCCGUGUUUCGUGAUACAGAUUCAAUAAUUACUGCAUAUCGUGCUCAUGGUUGGACAUAUCUUAUGGGUGUGGAUCCAUUUGGUGUAUUAGCUGAAUUAACAGGCCGUAAAGGUGGAAAUGCUCGUGGUAAAGGUGGUUCUAUGCACAUGUACGCUAAAAACUUUUAUGGAGGCAAUGGUAUUGUUGGUGCCCAGGUACCACUUGGUGCUGGCAUAGCUUUUGCUGCUAAGUAUAAUAAAACUGGUGGUGUUUGUUUCACAUUAUAUGGCGAUGGAGCUUCUAAUCAAGGACAAGUAUUUGAGGCUUAUAAUAUGUCAAAAUUGUGGAAUCUACCUUGUGUAUUUGUUUGUGAAAAUAAUGGCUAUGGCAUGGGAACUAGUGCUGAACGUUCAUCUGCUAGUAUAACAUUUUAUUCACGGGGAGAUUAUAUUCCUGGAAUUUGGGUGGAUGGCAUGGACGUUUUAGCCGUCAGAGAAGCUUCUCGUUUUGCUAUUGAUUAUUGUUCUAGUGGUAAAGGGCCCUUAGUUAUGGAAACAGCUACUUAUCGUUAUUCUGGACACUCUAUGUCCGACCCUGGAACAUCUUACAGAACUCGUGAUGAAAUUCAAGAAGUACGACAAACAAGAGAUCCUAUUACAUCUUUCAAAGAAAAAAUUAUUGGAGCUAAUUUAGUUAAUAUUGAUGAACUAAAGGAAAUUGACAAAGAAGUUAAAGCUCAAAUUGAUGAUGCUGUUAAGAAAGCAAAAACAGAUACGGAAGUCCCAUUGGCUGAUCUUGCAGGUGACAUAUAUUCUAAACCACUCGAAACAACUAUUAGAGGAGUUACUCCAUUUAAAAAUUUGGAACACAUUCGAAUUGGACCAGCUGUCAAUUUAAAUUAAAAUUAACAAUUAACAAUUGUUCAUUGUAUAAUUGUGCAAAUUGUAUUUUUACAAAAUAUUAAGUCCAGUUAUUGUUUUCUUCA